GAUAAAGCACAGAUAUGAUUCAGCCGUUUAUGGUUGUCUUUAUAAAACGGUAACAUUUUGUUUGUGAAAUAUGUGUAUUGGCCAUGUAUAAUGGAGAAAUAUCUUUGUCUUUGUAUGGAUGCUAACCUUCAUGCUUGACUAAACAAGGUCCAGGUUGCUAACGUCUUUGAGAUAAUACGGAUUAGGAAAAGACUUGGAAAAUCUCCCGUCACUUAACAGUACAAAGAUACCGAGUCAUUUUGGCGAUUUAUUGAUUUAUUUGACUAUUUAGUAUUUUAUCAUACAUUUGAAUUAUCGUGUCUUAAGGUUUUGUUUUUGGAUAUCUCUAAAUUUUAUUCCUGGAUUAAGUUCGUGGAUUACGUGAUUUUCUCUCUCAUAAAUAAGGAUUAGUAUUUGUUGUUUUACUGUUGUACAUCACAUACAAAUAGUGCUAUAAGAAGGAUAUAUAUGUGUGAACAAAUUAACUGUCACCUGUCAAAUACUGCAAUUUGAUUUUCCAGAGUUUUAACCUUUUCAGAGUAGUGACAACAGAUUUUUAAGUGUAGGAUUAUAUUACAAAGAAUAUUGGAUUUUGACAGGAUUAUUAUACACAAAGAGAAUACAUAGAUUAAAGAAGAUAUAGAGAAGGACAUAUGUCAGUAGUGAAAGUGUAAAAUAGAGAGAGAGAAGAAUUGUGAUUCUAUUAGACCAACAAAAUUUCCUCCAUAGCAAAGUCCAUCGACAAUGAAGUGGAAGAUGUCAAGGGCAUCAAGAUGCCAGAGAGUCCAGAGGAAAAUUUAGAUGAUAACAUGAAGACCAGACUUGUUUGCUCUGCUCCGAUCCUAGAAUGUCUGUCACUACCCUCCAGCAGAAGUUCUUCCACAACUAGCCAGUCAAUACAAGGUGGCAGUAAGAAUGGUGACGAAGAAAAGGAAGAAAGGAAUGAAGAAAAAACAGAUGAAGGGGCCAUAAAUUACUCAGAUCCAACCCCAUCAUGGCGGGAAUCAAUAAGACAACAGAUGGAGGAGGAGUUAGAACAGCGUGUGAGAGAGGCCCUGGAGACUCCACCCCUAGAACGUGCUAAGAAGACAGAUAUCAACAGACAAGACCGUAAAUCUAGUCAGACUUUAAAUGAACUUAAUUCUCAUAUCGUGUUUGGAUUAGCCGGUACCAAUCGUGAUGUUCUAAAAUCCAGAAAAUGGCGAGCUUUACAGGCUAAGAGACAAGUCCAAAGGUUAAUGAGAAUGAAUUAUAUACAGCCUACUCCACCUGUAGAUUACGUGUUCCAGGACACACUCUCACGAUCCAAUCAAGCUGACUUUCCUGGAGUCUUUGGUCUAUCUAGUCUAUCUGAAGGAGUUAAGGACCUACGUCAGAGUUUUGACAAGUAUCCUUCAUUAACACAGAUUCAGAGACAGUUUUAUACUAAACAUGGUUUUCUUGCCAAUUUAAAUGGGCAAGGCAAUAAUUUCAGAAAUGAGAAUGGGAAAUAUAAGGACCGUUAUGGAGUUGAAAGGGACCAAGAUGGACCAUUCUGGCCGAGUGAUUGUGGUCCAUUGUUUGCAACACCAAGAUUCCAAUGGUUUAAUGAUCUACCUCCAGAACCCCUGUUCUUUCAUGUACACAAUCUACAGUAUCCUAAAACAUUUGACAACCAAGUUACACAUUUUACAUCUAAAUGGCGAGGGGUGUUGAUUGUGUAUGACUCAGAAAGAAGUAGUCGGGACAGACAGCCGCAACCUGUCCCUGACGGAUGUUGUCCUAACCUCGUCUUUGAAUCUCGAUUUGAGAGUGGUAACUUACGGCAGGCCAGGAGAGUAGGACAAUUUGAAUAUGAAUUGGUGCUGAAAACCGACCUAUACACUAACAGACACACACAAUGGUAUUACUUCCGAGUAUCAAACACAGUACCGGGUGUUGUGUACAAGUUUAGAAUCGUCAAUCUGCUCAAAAGAGAUAGUUUAUAUAAUUAUGGCAUGCGUCCAUUGCAAUACUCAGAGAAGGAAGCCAAGUUACUUGGUCGAGGAUGGAUGAGAGCAGGUCAUCAUAUUAGUUAUUCUCGUAAUGUCAUGCAUUUACACUGCCCCUUACUGACACGAGGAAUAGCAUACUACAUGUUGGAAUGGCAAAUGGAUUUCCCACAUGAAGAUGAUGCUUGUUAUCUUGCCCAUUGUUAUCCCUACACAUUUACAGAUUUAAAGGAGGAUUUAGACUCCCUAAUCAAUGCUCCUGAUAGAAAGGAAUGUAUGAAGCGAGAAGUCUUGUGUGAAACACGGGCUGGAAAUAGUUGUUUUCUUGUAACAGUUUCUAAUUUUGGUGCAUCUAAAGAGGAACAACACAAGAAGAAGUUUGUUGUAGUCACUGCCAGAGUACAUCCUGGGGAAACUCAGGCUAGCUGGAUGAUGAAAGGACUCUUAGAGUUCAUUACCUCUAGUGACCCAGUCGCUAAGGAACUUCGCAAUAGGUUUAUAUUUAAAAUUGUACCGAUGUUAAAUCCAGACGGUGUGAUAGUUGGGAAUUAUAGAUGCUCAUUGGCUGCUAGAGAUUUAAAUAGAAAUUACCGACACCCACGUAAAGAAAGUUUCCCAACUGUUUGGCAUACAAAAACACUUAUAGAAAAAAUUCUGGAAAGACAUGAAAUUUUAUUAUAUUGUGAUUUACAUGGACACAGUCGGAAACAUAAUGUGUUCAUGUAUGGCAAUAAUACCUCAGAGGAAGAUGUCAAUGGACUUGGUGCUGCUAAAUCCUUCCUUAAUGAGAGAUUAUUCCCUUGGUUAAUGUCCCAGAAGGCUCCUGACAAAUUUGCCUUCAAAUCCUGUAAAUUUAAUAUAAAACGGUGCAAAGAAUCUACGGGACGAGUUGUUAUGUGGAGACAGAUGAAAAUACUCAAUAGUUUUACGUUAGAAGCUACAUUCAGUGGUACUAUAAUGAAUAAAAAUGAAUAUCGACAUUUUAAUGUGCAUGAUUUUCAAGAGAUGGGAAAAGUUUUAUCACAAACAGUGCUGGAAUAUCAGAAAACACAGGAAAAUAAUGCGAAACAGUCAGAAAUGGUGUUAGAACUAACGAGAUAUGUUACACAGCAAGUUAUGGAACAACGAGGUCUGAUGGAGCGACCUAAAUUACCAAACUUUAGGUCAAUGAUGAAGGGAGACAAAAAUGUUAUUAAUAAUACAGAUACUGGUAACGAUUCUAGUCAAGAGAAGACAACUCCUGAACUUCAUGUUAGUACUCCUGUUUUUAAAGAAGCUGUACUGACAGUCAUGGAUCACGAGAACAAUACAUUUGUAAUGGAGGAAAAACGAGGCAAACGAUCAAAGAAGAGCGAGAAAGCUCAGUCUAAUUUAAGUCGGAAGGAUGUCGAUAAUUUGCUGGAAAAUGCUUCAUUGAAAACAAUGGAUGGAUGUCUGAAAAUCCUGGCUCAGUUGAAUGUGCGAGAGGUCAUGCAGGAGUCAGAUUCUAGUGACAGUGACAGUGAAUCUGAACCAGAAAUGAAGAUUAUGGAAACAAAAUCAAAGAAGAAGAAACGGAAGUCUCGUAAGCAGAGAGAUAAGGAGCAGGCAGAUAGAAAAAAUGGCUCUGGUUCAUCUGAUAAAAAACAGGAAGAAGUUCGUUCUAAGUCUCUUACGGCCUUACCUAAUAUACCUGCAUGUUCAGAGUUGAGUGACAGAGAUAAAGGGGACAAAUCUCUACCAAAACAGGUGUUUCGGGGAGCUCUUGUACUUGAGAGGGCUAAGACAACAACCAGUUUUGAGAAAUUUAUGAGAUCUCAAAAGAAGGACGCCCACUUUGUCAGUAAAUAUGAGGGGAGAAGAAAUGGUGGAAUACCAUGCUUUGCUGAAGAAAGGAGUAUAGAACGGGCUCAGAAGAGAAUGGCCGAUAUGAAGAAAAGAACAGAGGAGGAUAAGCAAAGAGAAAUGGCUUUCUUUUCAUAUGACCAAAUGAUGGACUUUAUAAACAGACAGCGACAACCUCCACCUUUAUUUGAAAAAAGAACCCCAGAACCUCGACUGCAGAGUUCUGAUAGUGAUUUCACUGAGACGGUCUCAUCACGGUUGCCACGGCGAAUUAUAACAGUUCAGCAAAAUAUACCAAGGGCACUAACUCCUCCACCACCAAGGAGGAGUUAUCCUUUUGCUAUAUGUGAAGGUGUUCCUACAUUGGAGGAAACUUUAUCACAGAUAAGACCACCACCCAGAGAUCCAUUUGAAAAUUAUGCGUUUAGAGACAUGAAUUCUACGAUGCCAUCACUACCUCUACCUAGAGACAUCAGUACUGAUGAUGGAAGCGGUGAAAGUGAGGCUGACUUUACCUCCGCGACCUUAUCUCUUGCUGCUAGGAAUAAUCCAUAUGUUCAUCAAGAUUCUGUUCAGUUACAAAUGCUUCCGUUAGAUGUCACAUCAAAAAAAUCAUACAGGAGUGGUCCAAUAACAAGGACCUCUAGGAGACAGUCCACACCCUCUAUUACCUUCAACAAUACUCCCCCAAACAUAUUCUCUGUUACUGAUGAGAUUAAAACAGAGAAAAGACCCAGAAUUACUCCUAAUGCAGGACCAUUGCAGACAAUAUAUGGAGAAGAAGCUGUACCAAAGAAUGGCAUUGCAGAGGAGGCCAUACAAAGGCUUAUAACAAAAAAUGGAGAAGGUGAUCCCCAAAAUAAGUCAGCAGCCAUUGCUAGGGAAUACAUGAACGUUUUAUUGGAUAGAUUAAAGAAGAGGGCAAAAACUGUUUUGUAUGACCCAGAUUUAUUGUCUGAUGUGACUAAGAAAUAAGAGGGAUUAAAGUGAAAACCGAGUCAUGACACAGGCUUAUCCAUAGGAUGUAAACAAUUAGAAACUACCCAUAAUGCACCUUAUCGCUAUUUGUCAGCAACUACUGAACAUAUAUGACGUUCCUUUAAAAUUUUGACAUCAGAAGAGAAAACUUGUCAAAACAAUGUUGGACUCCACAAAACAAAAGUGAUUGUUUUAUGAUGUCAAUAGUUUCAGUGGUAAAGAAUUGUUUAAGAUGAGGUCUAUAAUAAUAACUAACUGCUUAUGCUACCAUUUAAACACAUGGAUCUUAGAAAAGGAUUCUUUUAAAUUUACAUUUAAACACAUGGAUCUUCGAAAUGGAUUAUGUUUAAUCAACAUUUAAACACAUAGAUCUUAGAAAAGGAUUAUGUUUAGUAAACAUUUAGAUCUUAGAAAUGGAUUGUUAUUGAACACUUAAACACAUGGAUCUUAGAAACAGAUUAUGUUAAUUGAACAUUUAAACACAUGGAUCUUAGAAACGGAUUAUGUUAAUUGAACAUUUAAACACAUGGAUCUUAGAAAUGGAUUAUGUUAAUUGAACAUUUAAACACAUGGUUCUUAGAAAUGGAUUAUGUUAAUUGAACAUUAAACACAUUGAUCUUAGAAAUGGAUUUUGUUUAGUGGACUUUUAGUGCUGUAACUCUAGUUCCUUAAGAACAGCCACACCAACAACAAAACUUUCAGUGUUCUUUAUGUCACAUGACUGUCACAUGACAAUAUCUUUACAAAGGGGUAACUAUUUAGAACUUGUGUUUAUUAUAAGGAUUUUAUUUAAGUUAUUGGUGACAGGAGCUUCUUAGAUAAAAUGCAAUAUGUGGUCAUAUGAAUUCAUGCAUCUAUUAAAAACGAGAAAAUUAGCAAUGUGUUAUAUAACAAAUUUGUAAUUUUGUGUGUAUAAUUAUUUAUUUAUUGACUUUUAUAAAGAGCAUUUAGAAAUUUAUUCAAUAUCAAGUUCUUGUUGAUAUAUAUACAGUUUACUGAACACAUGUGUUAAUAUGAGUGGAAAUUUGACCAAUAUAACAAUGUGAGCAUUUGUAUAUAUUGUAAUGAGUGACGUCAGGAAUCAAAUGAUUUGCAUAAUGGAUAUCUGUAAAGACUUGCCCAUCAGUGCCAUUAUGUGUAUAAUGUAUGGACUGUUUAAUGCUGUGAUAUUUUCCCGAAUUUUAUUGAACAAUAUUUAUACUGCUGAUUUUAGUUUUUUUCUACAAAAAUAUGUAAGAUUGUUUGCCAGGUUAACAUGUAGCCAAAAAUUCUGGAAAAUCAUAGAUCAAAAUACACAUAGAUGAAAUUUA